AUGGACGACCACAAGCCUUGGAACGGCUACGAGCUUCCAUGCUCUGAUGUUGACCGUCUCCUCUUCAACUCCUCAAUCAUUAUAACUUUGGGGGAUGGUGCAAAGACUAGUUUUUGGCACCAAAACUGGCUCGAUGGACACGCGCCUAGGUACUUAGCACCAAACUUGUUUUGCCUAAUUUCAAGGAAAAACCGAACGGUGAAACAAGAGCUCCGGAACAACAAUUGGAUACGCAAGCUACAGACGAAAAUCACCUCCGCUGUCCACAUGGAGGAGUUCGUGUCCCUUUGGAUACGAAUACAAGAAGUGCACUUGCAGCAAGGCGCCCAGGACACCAUCACCUGGCGGUGGACCGGUGACGGGAAAUACUCCACCCGCUCGGCCUACAGGGAUCUGAUUCGAGGCUCGCUCGCCUCAUUCAAGACUGAGUUGAUCUGA